AUGGUUCGAUCACGGGGUAUUACAAAAUUCCUGGCCCUCGCUUGCGCAUUUGUAUCAGUUUCGCAGGCAAAUUCCAUUGUGGAAAAAGCAAGUUUUGGGCACAAUGGGAAGAUAUCGGCAGACAAGCAUAUAAUCCCCGGCUGGCAGCUGUCUGGGACGGGGCAUACUCCUCACAAGCUGUCGGAUCGAGUGAUUUUGACCCCCCCAUAUACUGGUAACAAACGGGGAUCGUUGUGGUCCGAACAACCGUUUGACGGAUCCGAAUGGAUAGUCGAUUUUGAUUUCAGAUCCAACGGCGCGGAGAGGGGAGGCGGAAAUCUCCAGCUGUGGUACGUCAAGGAUGGACUGUCCAAAAUCUCAACAGCAAGCGUAUACACUGCUGGCCGGUUUGAUGGGUUCGUCCUUGUAAUUGAUGUACCGAACGGAAGAGGCGGAAGCGUCCGGGGCUUUUUAAAUGACGGCACCACAGAUUAUAACAGCGCAAAUGUUGACGGCCUGGCAUUUGGGCAUUGUGACUACUCAUAUCGGAAUCUCGGACGACUCUCACACAUUCAAAUCAAACAAACAACAUCAACGUUUGAGGUAUUUGUUCCGCCGGGUAACAAUUUUGGAAUCACAGCCGCGUCGGCAGAGAACCCGGAUUCUUUCGAAGUCUUCAAGUUUGUCUUGAGCAUUCCAGACACCACAGCUCCGGGCGGCCAGCCAUACCAACAUCGCCCUUAUGAGAACCAGCAAAUCCCGAAUAACAACAACAACAACAACCAAAUCCCAAUCCAGCAACAAGCAACCGGCGCUGGCGGCAACGGCAUUGAUAACCGGCUCAAUGACUUGCAAAACCGUCUGCAAGGGCUAGUAGGAACUGCGGACCGACUUCUGACUGAAAUCCAGUCACUAUCCAGAAAAGUCGACGAGCGUCACCAGGACACCUUGCAAAAACUAACUGCGAAUCGUGAUCUGGCGGGUCAAAUGGAGCAACGGAUGCAGCGCAUUGAGAACAUGCUCCAGGCCGUGCAGAAGGGCGUGACAGACUCCGACCUCAAGAAUCAGUUGCACAGGCUGCAGGAUGCCUUGAAGACAUCACACACGGGAGUGAUCGAGCAACUCCAGUCGACUUCACAUCAGAUACUCUCCUCCAAGCCCCGAAUGGGAUUCUUCAUCUUCCUGAUAGUUGUGUGCCAACUUGGACUUGCCGCUUCGUAUAUCGUGUACAAACGGCGUCGCGCAAAUAUGCCCAAAAAGUUCCUAUAA